AUGGUAAGAGGAUGGAGUAUAGUUCCAGGAGGACUGGACUGCCAGAUACCCACAGGACUGUUCAUACAAAGUCAGAAACAGGUGGUGAUGAGAGUAGGAAAGGUUGUUUCUCGCGUCACUAUUCUACGGGACUCGGCUGCAGAUAUAUCAUUGGUGCUCAAGGAGGCGGUUCCUAACCCUGACUGUUAUACUGGAGAAAUGGAGUAUGACGAGCCAUUCAGUGAAGUAGCUCGUCUCUGUCCACUGCUGGAUCACAAUGCCGAGACCAGGGAUGUUCAGCCAGUGCUUCAGUUUCCGUGUCCCCUUGAUGUGAUGAAUGGGGCGUCUUUGCAAGCUGAGGUUCGGCGCCGGAGGGAGCAGGGGUUCAUCUGUCCUUGCUUGGGCCCCCUUGCCUCUGCUGCAGUCCUGGUUCUUGAGAGUAGUGGCCUUCAUCCACGUGUUGACUGCAGGAGGGCCAGAACGGAUGCGUGGGCAGUUCGUCUUCGCUCCGUGGGAUAGCGGGCAGCAGCGACUACGUCAGGAGGGCACGCGUUCGUGAUCGUGGGCGAACAAUUUGCAGAAAGUCGAAUAGUGAAGUGUUCACACGGUAUUUCUGUCUUAAGUUUCAGGCCACCGUCGAAAAGGAGCCCUUAAUGAUAGUAUUUGUAAUUUGAAAAGUUUAGUGUUUAUUUAACAAUAUCUGUUCAUCCCGUCGAAAAUCGCUGAUCAUAACUUUUAUAGAAAAUAAAGUUCAGAAACAUUCCAAGUGUUCAGGUGGACAGACAUUAUUAAGAUAUUGCAUAUUAGAGGCACACGAUAUCACAGCGGACGCAAUUUCAAGAUCGUAAGUAAUAGAUCGUAAGUAAUAUAGUCUGCACACGCUGGCCGCUGACUCUACGCUGCGGCGGACAGAAAGGAAAGGAGAAG